UGCUUUCACCCCAGAUUGACCUUUCAGAAUACUUUUGCCUUCUAAAGAUUCCCUUGCUUCCAUUAGGGGAUGAUAACAAAUGAGACUUUGGUUAUUUCCCCCCCAGAAUCCAGAUUAGAUCCUUUAACUGUUUCUCACCCUACUUGGGUACAAAUUAUUUAAUUGCUUUUGACAAUUAGUUAUUUCAUUUUCUCUUCUCUAAAAUGCAACAGAGGGGGACUGAGAAUAGGGUGGUCUUUUCUCUUUUGAACUUAAAAUUUACAUUCUAUUUCUUUCUCUUGAGUAGGAUUUCCAUUUUCCAAACCUGCUAUCAUCUCCCAGUUGGAACAAGUGGUUAAACUCACAAACACAAAUGAAGGAGGGAGAGAUGCUAAAAGGCAGCUGUACACACAAGUGAGAACAAGGCAGAUUGUAUCUUUAGAAAUAAGAGUUAGGGGUUCUUCCCAAAUCUUCCAGGCCUGUAGAAAAUGUUGAAUCCCCGCCCCGAACCCUCCCACUCCCAUGAAGUCUCAUCUUCACUUGACCACACCAGAGUCAUAAUAGUUUACACCUUUAUUUCAUCCCAGACUCAAGGAAGAGAUACUUCCUCAUUACAGUUAUAACCCCGACACGUGAUCCAGAGGUCACCUUUGUGCCUCAUCCUGAGGCAUUUUUGUUGUUGUUGCUGUUGAGACGGAGUCUUGCUCUGUCACCAGGCUGGAGUGCAGUGGCUCAAUCUUGGCUCACUGCAACCUCUGCCUCCUGGGUUCAAGUGAUUCUUCCACCUCAGCCUCCCAAGUAGCUGGGACCACAAGCGCAUGCCACCGUGCCCGGCUAAUUUUUUUGUAUUUUUAGUAGAGACGGGGUUUCACCGUGUUGGCCAGCAUGGUCUUGAUCUCUUGACCUCGUGAUCCACCCGCCUCAGCCUCCCAAAGUGUUGGGAUUACAGGCGUGAGCCACCGCGCCCGGCCAUCCUGAGGCAUUUUAUGAGGCCAUUCCCCUUUCCUCUUUAGUAGCUGGAAUCACUUCUUCAUUUACUCUGUCUGCAUCUACCUGGUUUUCUGCUAUCUAAGAAACAGGAAGAGAAGGAACAAAUCUGAAUAAUUUUAAGGAUAUAAAAUUGACAUAAUUUGUUGUAUAGAUUUGAGAGGUGAGGGAGUAACAAAGAAAAUUCUCAGGUUUCUGGUUUGGAUGUGUGGGUGAAUGGAAGUUCUCUUCCCUGAGAUGGAGAACAUAGAAGUAGCAAGUUUAGGGAAUGGAAGAUGAGUUCAGUUUACCUUAAGUUGUUUCAGGUGUCUAUAAUAAGUCUAAACCAGUGGUUCUUAACCAGGGGCAAGUUUGUCCCCCAGGGGAUAUUCGGUAAUGUCUGAAGUGUGCUAUGGGCAUCUCAUGGGUAGAGUCCAGGGAUGCUGCUAAACAUCCUACAAUGCACAGAACAGGCCUCCACACAAAGACGUGUCUGUCUAAAACAUCAGUAGUGCUGCAGUUGAGAAAAUCUGCUCUAAGUGGUGAUGUCUGGAGGCUAGAUGAAUAUAAGGAGGACAUGCCAAAUGUGUCUUAGUAAAGAGAUCCUAACUGGUGGUACAGAUUUGGGAGUUGCCUGAGGAUAGUAAUUGAAGCCACCGGAGUGGAUAGUAUCACCCAAAGAGCACAAAAAGAGUUACAAGAGAGCCUAGAACCCUGAUGAAUACAAGCAUUGAAGUAUCUGCAAAAAAAUUAAAAAAUAAAAAAAUAAAUAAAAAUAUAUAUACUAUAUAUAGUGUGUAUAUAUAGUAUAUAGUAUAUAUAUAUGUAUAGCAUAUAUGCUAGAAGUGGUGACUCACACCUGUAAUGCCAACACUUUGGGAGCCUGAGGUGGAUCACUAGAGCCAGGGAGGUUGAGGCUAUAGUGAGCUCUUAUCAUGUUUGUGCCACUGUACUCCAGCUUGGGCAACAGAGCAAGACCUUGUUUAUUAUAUAUAUAUGUAAAAUAUGUAUAUUUAUAAAAUAUAUGUGUGUAUAUAUGUAAAAUAUAUAUGUAUAUAUGUAAUAUAAAAACAUGUAAAAUAUAUAUGUAUACGUAUAUAUACACACACACCACUUGUGUAUAUUUCAAGAAUAAAUAUAUAGGAAAAAACUAGUGGCAAAAUAAUAAAAUAAUGUUUAAUAUUAGGUGAUGGCAAUAAAGAUAUGUUACACAUAUUUUUGUAUUUUUUUUUUUUUUUGAGACGGAGUUUCGCUCGUUACCCAGGCUGGAGCGCAAUGGCGUGAUCUCGGCUCACCGCAACCUCCGCCUCCUGGGUUCAGGCAAUUCUCUUGCCUCAGCCUCCUGAGUAGCUGGGAUUACAGGCACGUGCCACCAUGCCCAGCUAAUUUUUUUUUUUUUUUUUUUUUUUGAGACGGAGUUUUGCUCUUGUGACCCAGGCUGGAGUGCAAUGGCGCAAUCUCGGCUCACCGCAACCUCCGCCUCCUGGGUUCAGGCAAUUCUCCUGCCUCAGCCUCCCGAGUAGCUGGGAUUACAGGCACGUGCCACCAUGCCCAGCUAAUUUUUUGUAUUUUUAGUAGAGACGGGGUUUCACCAUGUUGACCAAGAUGGUCUAGAUCUCUUGACCUCAUGAUCCACCCGCCUUGGUCUCCCAAAGUGCUGGGAUUACAGGCUUGAGCCACUGCCGCCCGGCCUUUAUUUUUGUAUUUUUAAAAUUUAUCAAUAUAACUAAAGGAAAGGAAGUCCAAAAGCAUACUAAGAGUAGCCAGAGAUAGCCAGGUAUGGUGGUACAUGCCCAUAGUCCCAACUACUUGGGAGGCUGAGGCACAGGAAUCGCUUGAACCUGGGAGGUGGAAGUUGCAGUGAGCUGAGGUUGCGCCACUGCACUCCAGGCUGGGCAACAGAAUGAUACCUUGUCUCAGGGAAAAAAAAAAAAAGAGUGCCCAUAGAGAAGGGGAAAACCAGGUUAGAGUGUCAUGGAACCGACAGAAGAGAGCACUUCAAGAAACAGGGAAGGGGCUCAUAGUGUUACAUGCUAGAAAGGUCAAAUGAAAAAGACCUAAAAAUGCCUGGUCAACUUAAUACUAAUAGGUUUGGCUAACCUAACAGUGGAUUAGUGUCCCUGCUACCUCUUUCGUCCCUUGCUUAAUUUGUAUUGCCUUCUUUUAACCUUUGUAUUCCUAUAUUAUAUAAGUGUGAAAUCCUCAUACUAACUUUACUUUAAAAAUAGUUCUUAACAGCCAGGAGUGGUGGCUCACACCCAUAAUCCCAGCACUUUGGGAGGCCAAGGUGGGCGGAUCACGAGGUCAGGAGAUGAGACCAUCCUGGCCAACACAGUGAAACCCCAUCUCUACUAAAAUAAAAAUACAAAAAUUAGCCAGUCGUGGUGGUGGGCGCCUGUAAUCCCAGCUACUGGGGAGGCUAAGGCAGGAGAAUUGUUUGAACCCAGGAGGCAGAGGUUGCAGUGAGCCGAGAUUGCGACCCUGCACUCCAGCCAGGUGACAGAGUGAGACUCUGUCUCAAAAAAAAACCCAAAAAGUUGUUACUUACAAAGAAAUAUUUACAAGUCCCACUUCACAACAAUAAAAAAUAUGGCAUGUGUAGUUUAUUCAUAAUUAAGCUGAACUAGUACUCAUAGUAGGACUGAUUCUCUUAAAACUUUUGUAGUCUUCUAAACUUUUACUCUCUUUAAGCCUUUGACUGGUGUGUGUGAGUGUGUGUGUGUGUGUGUGUGUGAGAGAGAGAGAGAGAGAGAGAGAGAGAGACUGUGUGUGUCUAUAUGUCUGUGUGUAUUAGAAGGCUCAGAAUGAAGAAAAGUGUGGAGGCUGAAGGAAUUUCUGCAAAUGGAUAAUACGUAGGUUAGCAAAAGAAAAUAGGAACAUGAUCUUAUUGAGUUAGGUAGCAAUCUCAGCAGUAAUCAAGGAGAGUUUUUGAGGGGCCUAUGCCAGUGAGAGUGGAAGAUGCAGGCAUUAAAGGAUGACCUUAACAGGGGUAAAAUCCAGCCCAGGAUGCAAGGAGGUGGUAUCCAAAGCAGGAAGGAUUCUAGUGGGUGAGAGGAUAGGGGCAGUUGCCAUGUUUAGUACUGAUCAUUCCCCAAUUGAGAUCUCCCUAACACCUUACUUUAUGGCAUUCAUCGUGCUUGAAGUUAUUUAAUUAAUACCUGUCUUGCCCCAAGAGACUAUACAUUUCAAAAGACCUGGUGCUGUAUCUGUUUUGUUCAUGAUUAAUCUUAGCACAUAACACAGUGCCUGGCCCAUAAUAAGUAUUCAAUAAAUUAUUUUUGGACUGCUUUACAUACAUUUGUGACUAAUGGUAUUUAUAGCAUUAUUUCCUCAUUCCUACUUUGGCCAUUUCCUUCUUCUAGUACAGGCGACAUGUUUAUUUUUUCCCCAGACUUGGAGUUCAGAAAGCCAAGACCAAAGAAGGUAUUUGGUGAUUAGGAAUCAUACCAGGGGAUAGAUAUGGAGAGAAACACAAAAGCUGAUAUAAGGACCUCCAGUUUGAAAGAGACCUGGAGAAAUGAUGAUUACUCAGAGAUCAAACGAGGACUCAGGAGAGACUCUGGAAACAAACAGCAGUUAUUUGUGAGAAAAGAAUUCCUAUAGCAGAUAGUAACCCCAAAUGUAUUGAAUUUGGCACACGUGUUAGUCUGAAGUCAGACUUUGUUAGACAUCCACAGUAUUCUAGCAAAGGAAGACCUUAUAUGUAUGAUGCCCAGGGAAGGAACUUCAAACAAAAUUCAAAAUUACUCAGAGAUCAGAAAGACAGUACAAAUGAGAAAGUUUAUUGGUGUAAUGAAUGUGGUAAAAUAUGCAGUGAUUACUCAGUUUAUAUGCAGCAUUGUAUGGUUCAUACUGAUGAGAAAAAUUCAGAAUGCAGUCAGUAUGAGAAGGCUUUUAUUCAUGUUGUACAUGACACUGAACAUCAGAAGUCUAAUAUCGGAGGGAAGUCUUAUGAAGGUAGAAACACCUGCAACUGGAACUCAUACCUCACCAAACAUCAUCAGAGUCUUUACAGUGGGAAGGAAUAUAAUGUGCAUGAAAAAGCCUUAAUUCAGAAUAUACCAUUUAUUCAAUAUCAAAGUAUCCAUAAUGGGGAGAAAACUUAUGAUUUUAGUGAAUGUAGGAAAACUUUAAGUAAUUAUUCAGCCCUUACAGUACAUCAGAGAAUCCAUACUGGAGAGAAACCAUAUAAAUGCAGUGAAUGUAGCAAAGCCUUUCAUUACAGCUCAUCUCUUCUUCAACACCAGAGAAUCCAUACUGGAGAGAAACCCUAUGAAUGUAAUGAUUGUGGGAAGGCCUUUAUUCAGAUAACACACUUUAUUCAGCAUCAGCAAAUUCAUGCUGGAGAAAAACCUUAUGAAUGUAAUGCGUGUGGUAAAGCCCUCUGUCACAAUUCAUCCUAUGUUGAACAUCAAUUGAUUCAUAUUGUAGAGAAGCCCUAUGAGUGCAGUGAACGUGGGAAAGCCUUCAGCCACAACUCCUCCUUUAUUGUCCAUCAGUUUAUCCACACCAGAGAGAAACCCUAUGAAUGUAACGAAUGUGGCAAAGUCUUCAGUCAGAGCUCAUACCUCUAUCAACAUCAGAGAACUCACACCAGAGAAAAACCUUGUGCCUGUAAUGACUGUGGGAAAGCCUUUAGUGAUUGAUCAGCCCUUUUUCGACAUCACAGAACUCAUACUGGAGAAAAACCCUACAAGUGUAAAGAAUGUGGGAAAGCCUUCAGUCAGAGCUCAGCUCUUAUAAAACAUACACAAGUUCACACUGGAAAGAAACCCUACACCUGUAAAGACUGUAUGAAAGCCUUCAGCCAGAGUUCAUCUCUUACCCAGCAUCAGAGGGUUCAUACUGGAGAGAAACCGUUUGAAUGUCAGGAGUGUGUGGGAAAGCUUUUAGUAGAAGUGCCCAUCUUACUCAGCAUCAGAGGAUCCACACUGGAGAGAAGCCCUGUGUAUGCCAUAAAUGUGGCAGUUUUCAAGUAUAGUUCAACCCUCAUUAGACAUCAGAGACUUCACAGUAGAGAAUCUCCCUGAAUGUGUGGACAUAUCCACUCAGACUCUUCAUUUCAUUAAAUACCAAAGAAUUACACUUUCAUAAGUUGUUACAUUGAUGAUGUUUUUCUAUUAUAUUUUAAGGGAUGAAAAUCCCCCUCCCCACCCCAGUUAUUAUCUCCUGCAAAGCUAUCAGAAUAUCACAAAUCCAAGUGAAGAAACACUGAACUGAAAUAUGGAAUAGCUUAAUAGACUCUAAAGCUCAAUCUUUAUAUGUAUAUAUGUAUAUUUUUUCUGUAUCUGAAAUGACUAAAGUCACCAUGCAAUGAUUUUAUCCUCCUCCCUUGGCCUCGGGAAUAAGCCAAGAAAUUCUAGUUGUUCAAAAUUGAGCUCGUUGCCCCUUCUUGUACUGAUAGAAAUAGCGCCAUGUCCAAACAAAAUAGAGAAACUCAUGGCUGAUUACAUAUGCUAAUAUAAUCUUCCUAUUAAUCUUUGCCUUAAUCUAUAAUCAUUCCUGCCCCCAGCUCAUACCCUCCUGUGGGCAGCUUUUGUCUGCUUUACCUCGUUCCACUGUUUUGUGAUCACCCCCAGAAGAUGAAGGACCCAGUUAAUAGGCCAGAUGUCAAGACUGAUGACACUUCACACACCAAGAGAACUUAAAAGCUAACUAUUCAUACACAGGAUUUCUGGGGAGAGCAAACUAGAUGCAAACUAGUCCAAAGUGGCACGAACAGAGAGGAGGUUGGGCCUUUAAAGUGGCCAGGGAGUGGGGCUGGAGAGCAUUCCCAUCUGUGGGCUUGAGGGAUUCAAGCUUCCCACCAGUGCUGGGAGCUCAGGAGAUGCCCAUGAAUUUCUGUAUCUGAAGUACCAGGUGUGUGGUGGGCAGUGUCAGGGAGCAAGUAAUAGAAAAUGGUAGAAGCUUAAAUGCUGUUGGCAGCCAGACAUAAAAAACGGGGCCAAACUCUGUUACAUCCACCUUCUCAGAAGAUCUUUUCUCACUUAUCUCAAAAUAGCUCUUUAAUGUUAUUUUGUCUUCUGUUGAUGAGAAAUCUGUUUUGCUUUUUCCAUCUCCCCUUUCUUACAAUUUUCUUUCUUUUCCCCUUCCUCCAGGCUGAAAGUGUAACUAUCACUUCUCAGAAAGUAAGCACCAUUUACCUUGGUAACUGACAGCCUUACAUGUUAACGAUUAUGUAAUCCCAACAGAAGAAUUAGGGACGAUUGAGCCCACAUUUUUAGAAAACAUUUUAGAAAAAAAUAAUCAUACGAAUUUGUAUCAGACAAUGAUUAGACUAAGUUACCUGAGGUUGCCUGAUGACAAUUCCUGUAUAUGGCUCUAAGAAAUUUUAUGUGUACCUAAUAAAGCCCGGCAUUAUUUUUUUGGUCACACUGUGACUCAAUACAUACAUGCAAACUUUUUUUAUUUCCCUUCAAACCUUCCUAAGCUUAAGUUGAUGUUAGAAUCACUUUUUAGGUUUCCAUGAAUUAUUUUUCCUGCCUUUUUUUUUUUUAAAAAAAAAAUAUAUUUUAGGUGCAUUUCAGUCACCUAAGAGUAAUCCAAUUGUAUAGGAUUGGAGUCCCUUGACUUUCCCAUAUUCCCAAUGUACUAGCUAGAACCUGAGAUUUCUCUGCUUUCUAUUUUUCUCACUAAAAGGGCUAUUCUGAACUCUCUCUCUUCACCUGCUUUCCUAUCCUUCUCUUCUAUUUAAAGCAGUUGGUGUUAGUACAGCUUGAAAUUCAACAGGGCUUGAAUUACAGAAAGCACAACUGAAGUUUUGCUUCAGUUGUGUAGCUGAAGCACAAUUUUGUUCUCAAAAUUAGCUGUGAGACAGACCACUCUGCAUAAAUGGCGAUAUUUGGAAAUAAUUUUUGAAAUGCCCAAAAUCUUUAGUAACUUUUAGAAAUUGAAAGGGGGUGGGAAGUGUCAUCUUUAAGAGUGUCUGUCAUUAGAAUAGGACCUCUUAAAGUAAUGUUUGUUAACAAUUUAGGUAAUAAGCUUGUUUCCAGACAUUGUUCCUGGAGCCAGUUAGCUUUGGUUUGGUAGAAACUGUUGUUGUUCCUUCAGAGGACUCAUCUGUGGUAAUCUGUUUUAGAACCAAAAACUUGUCUGGGUGCCAUGGCUCAUGCUUGUAAUCCUAGCACUUUGGGAUACCGAUGCAGGCGGAUUGCCUGAGCUCAGGAGUUUGAGACCAGCCUGGGCAACACAGUGAAAUCCUAUCUCUACUAAAAUACAAAAAAAAAAAAAAAAAAAAAUUAUCUAGGCAUGGUGGUGCUUGCCUGUAGUCCCAGCCACUUGGGAGGCUAAGGCAGGAGAACUGCUUAAACCUGGGAGGCAGAGGUUACAGUGAGCCAAGAUCGUGCCACUGCACUUGAGCCUGUGGUGACAGAGUGAGACUCUGUCUCCAAAAAAAAAAAAAACCAAAAAACUAAAAACUCAAGACAGAUGCCCUUGAACAAAAGGCCUGUCCUAUAAUGGGUGUAUUGCAUGAAUUCGUGGAUUGUACUGUAGUGAAUUGGUAUAAUUCUCUUGUAGCCUAAAUAUAAUUUGGAUCCAGAAAAACUAAUGAGGACAUCAUAGUGACAAAAUAUUUGAAAUCAGAACAGUUCUAGAAAUGGUAUGACUCUGGGACUUACAGAGCCUUUUUUGUUUUGUUUCAGUUUACUAUGUGCUGUUAGUAGUAUGAUCUAUGCUUCUACUCUCCUCUUGGAUCUGUUUGUUUGUUUGAGACAGGGUUUUGCUCUGUUGCCUAGGCUGGAGUGCAGUGACACCAUCACAGCUCACUGUAGCCUUGAACUCCCAGAGUCCUUAAUCUUCCCACCUUAGUCUCUCGAGUAGCUGGGACCACAGGCAAACGCCACCAUGCCUAGUUAAUUUGAUUGUAAUUUUGGUAGAUGGCAUUUUGCCAUAUUGCCCAGACUGGUCUUGAACUCUUGAGCUCAAGCAAUCUGCCCACUUUAGCCUCCUGAAGUGCUGGUGUCACUGGCAUGAGCCACCAUGCCCAGCAUUUGGCUAUUUCUAUAACAGGAUCCUCUCUCAUGUGCUGUAGUGUAGACCACACUUACCCUUCAUGAUGGAGAAUAUAAUUCCUCUCCUUUUACAACCUAAGCUAAAGCUCAUUGUGUUUGGUUAAAGUCAAGUCUAGGGUGGGGGUUUGAUUUGGGGCUUUAGAUAAUACAUGUUCUGAUAUUUUGAUCUCUUUUUGGUAGGUAAUCUGGAUUCUUUAGUUUUUAAAUCAUGAGUGUCAGAUUUUCUAAUUUAUUUGUUAAAAUUACCUGUAUGCUUGGCUGAUGUGUGUUCAAUGAAGGGAAAACUAAUUUACAUGUUAAAGUAAUUUCUCUGAGCAAAUUAUCCUGUUAGCUUAUAUAUAUAUAAGCUGUUAUAUAUAUACCUUAUAUAUAAUAUAUAUAUUAUAUAUGCUAUAUUAUAUAAUAUAUAUAGUAUAUAUACAGCUUAUGUAUAUGUAUAUAUAUAUAAGCUGUAUAUAUAAUAGCAUGUAUAUAUAUAUACACAUAUACACCUAUAUAUAAUAGGUGUAUAUCAAAUCAGGCUAGGGUGACCCCAGGCUUGAUUUGAAGAUUGCAGGAAGAGAUAUUUAGUGAUUAAAGCAGGGCUUUCUGUCUUUUUGGAGGAGGCAUUAAUACUUUUUAGGUUUUCUUUAAGUUAAGAGGCAGUUGUCACAUUAUCACUCUUUUCAGUUUACAAGUUAGUCCCCUUUAGGACCCAGCUUAAGGUAUCAUGUCCUCCCUUACCUCUUCUUUGUCCACUGUAACUGAAAAUAAUCUCCUCCUCUGAAUACCAGUGCCACCCCCUGUUUAUGUCACUCACAUAUGCCUAUGAAACAUGAUCAUUUUGGUUUGAUAUUAAUAGUUGGCCUUAUUCUCAAUUUUAACAUCAUCAGGGACUGUGAUUUUCAUAUCAUCAUCAUCAUCAUCAUGAGGGAAACCUAUUUUUGUUUAGGUCUUUUGUUACUGAUUUUAAACAAAAUAAUACUUGCAUAUGGUUAAAAAAAAUCACAUGAAAUAGAGUUUUUCAAUAAAAAGUUGUUCUUGUAAGACCUUUGACACGUUAGAUAUAUAUCAUAUACUUGAUGACUAAUGGGUAUGUUUUGCCAAGAGUCAUCUAUACAAAACACAAUGGCUUGAGAUAACCAUCUCAGGGAAAAUCAUCUCAUACUUACAUUUUACGUAACAGGAAUUCACGCAUAUGCACCUAGAUAUCCCCCCAAACCAAAAAAUAAAUUAGUGUAAUUAAGAAUACUAUAAAAUUAUAUUUUACAUAUAUGUAUAAAAUUCUAUUUAUUUAUCUAUUUAUAUAUGAGUUAUUAUCAGAGCUAUACACAGAACCAGCUAUAUUUUAUGGACAAAUUCAAGGAUUUAUAAAGACAAUAUUGGUAUUUUCCUUUUUUCAUCUUACAUGCUGACUAUGGAAGUAACCUUGUGUAAGGGUAUGAUUCCAGUGAAUCUAGAGGCUCAGCCAGUUCAUUCCUGUGUAGUUUAUUCCUCUCCGUGAGUGUAUUUGCUUGGUAGGCCAAAGUUGAUUGUAUCAGAAGAUAGGCCAAUUCAUCCUAGUAGGAAGAUUCCUAGGAUAGGAUACAGCAACAUGGAGAAUUAGGAAGCACUUCAGAUUAAUCCAGGUAUCCACUUAAUCAGCUUCAUAUAUUAGGCCUGGAAUAAAUAUGACUAUAAUGAAAGUGGGAAGACAUUAGACAAUAUUCAUUUGUAUGUUAUUGACAUCAGAUGAUGCACAUUGACAAAACCCUAGAAAUACAGUAGCUAUGUAGUGAAGCUAUGGCUUAAGAUUCUUUGGUUAUUCAGUAUCAUGGGUUUUAUAGGACCCCCAACACUAGAAAUUAAAGAAAAAGAUUCCAGUAACACCAACCUAAUUGUAUGUAGAAUAAUCCUUACUGGAGAAAAUACUUAGAAUUGUAUAAAAAGCCUACAGUGGAUCAUUUGUAAUCAUCUCUGGUCAUAGAUUUUAGAAUCGAAAGGAACUUUGAGUAUCUAAUAAGGGCCUUUUAUUUUGUGAGUGAGGAGAUAGAGAUCUGGAAAGGUUAAAUGAUAAUGCUCAUGCUAUUUGGGGUGAGGGCAGUGGAUAGCAGAGCCGAGCUUCCACAGACCUCCCCACGCUGCAUAAAAAAAGGCCUUUCUGUGACAUGUAGACCAUAGCAUCUGGGAGAGCAGUGGGCAUAGGGAUGUUUUGAAGUGGGGGAAAUUAGUGGCUAAAUGAGGGACAGGAGGGAGCUGGUUUACAUUUAGUGGUAGUUACUGACUGGAGCACUGUAAUGAGGGCAUGGUACAGAGUGCUUUUGCUUUUUUUUUUUUUGAGACAGUCUUGCUCUGUAGCCAGGCGCCAGGCUGGAGUGCAGUGGCUCGAUCUCAGCUCACUGCAACCUCUGCCUCCUGGGUUCAAGCAAUUCUCCUGCCUCAGCCUCCCGAGUAGCUGGGACUACAGACACAUGCCACCAUGCCCAGCUAAUUUUUGUAUUUUUAGUAGGGACAGGGUUUCACUGUGUUGGCCAGGAUGGUCUCGAUCUCUUGUCCUUGUGAUCUGCCUGCCUCGGCCUCUCAAAGCGUGAGCCACCACGCCAGGCCCAGAGUGCUUUUAAGUCUUGCCCUGGGCCUGGGAAUGGAGUCUGGACACGUGUGGCAGGCUCUGCAUCCUUGUUGCUUCUGCCCUAUGGGCAAUUGGGGAUUUAUUGGAUGAAAAUGGGUUUUCUUGUUACUGAGUUUAAACUACAGAAUAUCUUCUUCAAGCUAUGAAAAUAAUUCUGUGUGCGUGCACCUGUGAGUUAGAACUCUCAUUCUAACUUAACAUGAGGAAAUUAUCUUAUAAAGACUACCUGGUGCGAUAUUCUUAUGAGUGAGUGAAUGAACACCUUUUGUUUCUCUACUUUGCACUCACAAGACUCGUUCUUUCACAUUAGUGGUUUUCAACCAGGGGUGAUUUUUUUCCCCCUUCAGGAGACAACUGCCAGUAUCUGGAGACAGUUUUGGUUGUCACAACUGGGGGAGGGGAUAUUACUGUCGCCUAGAGGAUAGAGGCGAGGGAUACUGCUAAACAUUCUACAAUGCACGUGACAGCCCCCCAAAAAAAGAAUUGUCCCACCCAAAACGGCAAUAGCGCUGAGAUUCAGAAACUUUUGGAUAAGCAAUUUAAGGUGGCAUUAAACUACCACAAGGUGGCGGUACAGCCCCCUGCUGCAAUGUUAAACUCAAACUGCAGCUAAUCUAUUCUCUUCAAAAAAUACACUUCAAUGUUUUUUACAUUACAAAAGUGAAAUAUUCUUUGUGACAGAUUCAAAUGGUAUACUUUAGAAGUGUAUAAGUAAAAAAAAGGGGUUCCUGAGUUCCCCCUUCAAAUCCUCCCCUUUAGAAUUGAUGUGUAUCUUUUCAGAUUCUUUUCUUGUGUGUGUAUAUGUUGUAUACAUGCAUAACUAAUAGUGUGGUUUGUUUUUCAACUCACUUUUAACUUUCAACGUUAUACUGUAGACAUCUUUUAAAAUAAUUUAGAGGUAUCUCAUUUUUUAAAUGGAUGCAUUGUGUUCUGAUGUAUGGAUGUCCUAUAGUUUCUAUAUAUUCUUAUAAUUGGGCAUUUGGAGUCUUUCCAGUUUUUUUCCUGAUACAGGCAAUUUAGUGGUCAUGCUGUUAUUUCUGUAGAAUAGCCCCCUGGAAAUAUGAGAGCUGAGUCAGAGUACAUUUAAAAUAUUGAUGAAUUGGCUGUACUAAUUUAUACUGUAACAGUGUAGCAGAGUGCCUUUUUAUCUCCCUAACAUUGGAUACUAUCAAUAUUUUAUUUUUAAUAUAUAUUUUAUUAUAUUUAACAUUUAAUGUUGAAUGUCUUUUCUAUGUUUAUUUUUUCCUAUGUUUAUCAGUUAGUUGUAGUUCUUCCAUGAAUUGCCUAUUCCUUUUCAAGUUUUUGUUGGGUUGCUUUCUUUUUAUCAAUUUGGAGUAGCUCCUUAUACAUUUUCCUUAUUAAUGCUUUGUCUGAAGCUUCUUUUUGAAUAUGGCGUAAGUUAAGCAUAACAUAGCCAAUUGAAUUAACUGUCUUUGUUGAAUAAUUUUUCCCUUUCUCAUUGAGUUGAAAUAUAUACAUAUAUGAGUCUGUUUUUAGACUCUGUUCCAUCUAAUGCUAAUGCUAGUUUCACAGGGUUUUAUUUAUUGUGGCCUGUAGCUGGUUGUGAAGAAGGAUGGGAAGAAUGUUGGGUGGUGUGCUUUCACAUGCAAACGCCUAGAGAUAGGAGAAAACAGCAAGGGAUUGAAGGAAGGCCAGAGGCUAAGGAAGGAAGGAGGGCAUGAGGAGGAGGGGGAAUGAUGCUGGAGCAUAGGUGGGGCUCAGAGCAUAUAAAACCCUGCAGGCCAUUUUCAAAUCUGGAUCUUUAUUCUUAGAGCCAUGGAAAGAUUUUAACCAGAGAAGUGACAUGAUCAGACUUCUAAGUUUUGAAGCUUUCUUUGGACUUCUGAUUCUGGCUAUGAUGGAGUAAUUGGUACUAGGCUAGCCCUCCUACCAUGAAAUGUUAUACAACAUGACAAAACAGAUGAGACAACUAUUUUCAGGCAGUGAAAAAUAGGUAGCACAAAACUACUGAUCCCAGACAGAAGAAAACUCCUGAGGUAAACCCCAUGAUCACCCAACUGUCUGUCUUGGAACUAUUCCCAACCGUGGCACAGAGAGCUGGAGUCCAUGUAGAUCACAGUGGUCCCAUUGAGUGGAAGAUGUGGAAAUUGGGAUUCAGAGCAGCAGAAGCAGAUAGGUAGUGUGGAGUGAGAUAUAGAGAGGAGGGAGUUGUAUAAGAGCGUACACGAGGACACGUCUAGGUCCCUAGUAAGUCGAAGGUUGAGAGGCGAGCUGAACAUGAGCUAGGUGAGAUCACUCUAGAAGAUAGCGGCUACUGUGGGGUUGAGAGGGGAACAGUGUCCCAGUGGGAUCCUGGGACAUACAAAGGACACUGGGAAAAAGCAAGGAAAUCUGAGUAAGUAUGGACUUCAGUUAAUAAUGUAUCAAUAUUAGUUCAUUAAUUGUGACAAACUAUCAGAGUAAUAAAAGAUGUUAACAGUAGGGGUAUUGUAUACCCCUAUGUCAGAUUGAAGGGUCUUAUGUACCCCCAUUGGGUGUGAGGUAUAUAGCAACUCUUAAAAAAAGAGUUUGACAUACCAUGGUAGAGAAUUUAUUCUUUCCAUAGAAAUGAUGGAUUUCUUAAUGGAGAAACAUUUAAAGAGAAGUGAGCCAAAACACAGAAGAAAAAAGUAUCAUAGAUGUGUAUCAUGAAUUAAUUGAUUAAAUAUUCCCUCUGGGGAAAAAUGCUACUACUUCUGCUUGCAUCUUACCAAUUGCACAUGUACAUUUUUGCUAGAAAACCAUCAGAAGGCCAAUUUGGUCACUUAGGAUGUUAUAAAGUCAUGUUCUCAAGAGUUGAGACAUAAUGAAAUUAAUAAUUUUUACUGUUGUUAUCAAGUACCUCUUAAGUGAAACUGGCUUCUUUUUUACAUUUUAUUUUCAAGUUUUGAGUGUGUGGAGGGGAAAAGUACAAUGACUACUAGCACAGUUUGGUGCCACUGCUUUGAUUUGUGUUGAGGCCCCAGCAGUUUACUCACUAUUGCUCCUGCAUCAUGUGUGCAAACGAAAAUAUGGUGAAAAAGGCAAAGAAUACUCAAGUGUUAUAUCAUGAAAAUAGUUUUGACCUCACACAUCCCUGAAAGGGUGUCAGUGAAGCAUCAGGGGUCCACAGGCCAUGCUUUUAGAACCACUGUGUUAACAGCGGGUAUCUGGAGUUUAUGUAAGAUGAAGGCAAACCUCUACAAAUACUUUAUGCUCUUAGACUUAUCCCAUUCAUAAGCCUAUUAGUUCUGCUCCAUCCCACCCCACCCUGCUAAGGUAGAGAUUAUCAGACUGAGUAAAAAACAAGACUUGCUUACAUGAUCCCUGUAAGAGAUGCAUUUUAAAUAUCAAGAGCCAGGUAGGCUGGUAAAAGGAUGGGGAAAAGAUAAUACCAAAUAGCCUAAAUGUAGAACAAACUCAAAUGCUCAUUAGCAGGGUAAUGGAUCAACAUGCUUAGCUAUAGUCAUAGCAUGAAUGCUACUCAGCAAUGAAAACAACAGGCUACUGAUACGCACCAGGACAUGGGUGAAUCUCAUAGAUAUUUUAUUGAGUGAAAUAAGCCAGACAAAAUGCCUUCAAUAUGUUUCCAUUUAUAUGAAAUUCCAGAACAAGCAAAACUAUUUUAUUUAUUUAUUUUUUUUAAAGAGUGAAGGAGAGGAAGAAAGAGGAAGAAAAAGAGGGAGAGAGAACAGAAAUGCUGCUUUAUUCUAAAAAUGGGUAUUAAUAAUGGCCGAUCAAUAUUUCAUUUAAACCUAUGUGUAGGUGUGAUGUGGUAUUGACAAGAAUGUAUAUUUUGUAUAUUUAAAGUGGAGAGCUCUAUAAAUAUUUAUUAAGUUUACUUGUUCCAGAUCUGAGUUCAAGUCCUGGAUAUCCUUAUUAAUUUUCUGUCUCUUGGAGUCUAAAUCUCUUUGUAGGUCUUAUGUAUCUGGGUGUUAGGAUCGUUAGCUCUUAUUGUUGCAUUGAUCCUUUUACCACUAUAUCUUUGUUGCUCUAAAAUCUAUUUUAUCAGAUGCGAGAAUUGCAACUCCUGCUUUUUAUUUAUUUAUUUAUUUUUGCUCUCCAUUUGGUUGGUAAAUCUUUCUCCAUCACUUUGUUUUGAGUCUUUGUGUAUACUUGCAUGUGAAAUGGGUCUGGAUGUAGCAUACUGUUGGGUUUUGGCUGUAUCUUUUGAUUGGGGGAUUUAGUCAAUUUAAAUUUAUGUUAACUGGCUGUUUUAUCCAUUCGUUGAUGUAGAUUCUUCUUUAUGUUGAUGCUCUUUACUUUUUGGUAUAUUUUUAGAAAGGCGAAUACUGGUUGUUUCUUUCUAUGUGUAAUGCUUCUUUCAGAAGGUCUUGUAAAACAGGCCUGGUGGUAAUAAAAUCUCUGAGUACUUGCUUGUUCAUAAAAGAUUUUAUUUUUCUUUCAGUUGUGAAGCUUAGUUUGGCAGGAUAUGAAAUUCUGGGCUGAAAGUUCUGUUCUUUAAGGAUGUUGAAUAUUGGCCCCCACUCUCUUCUGGCUUGUAGGGUUUCUGCUGAGAGAUCUGCUGUAAGUCUGAUAGGCUUCCCUUUGUGGGUAACCUGACCUUUCUCUUUGGCUGCCCUUAGUAUUUUCUCCUUCGUUUCAACCCUGGUGAAUCUAACAAUUAUGUGCCUUGGGAUUGCUCUUCUUGAGGAAUAUCUUUGUGGUGUUCUCUGUAUUACCUGGGGUUGAAUAUUGUCCUGCUUUGCUAGGAUGGGAAAGUUUUCCUGAAUAAUAUCCUGAAGAAUAUUUUCCAGCUUGGAUUCAUUCUCUCUGUCACAUUCAGGUACACCUAUCAAAUGUAAAUUAGGUCUUUUCACAUAGUCCCAUAUUUCUUGGACACUUUGCUCAUUCCUUUUUAUCCUUUUUUCUCUAUUCUUGUCUUCUCAUUUUAUUUCAUUAAGUUGGUCUUCGACCUCUGAUAUCCUUUCUUCUGCUUGAUCAAUUCAAGUGUUUAAACCUGUGCAUACUUCUCAGAGUUCCCAUAUUGUAUUCUUCAGUUUCAUUAAUUCACUUAUAUUCCUCUCUAAAUUGUCUAUUCUCAUUAGGAUUUCAUCAAACCUUUUUUCAAAGUUCUUACUUUCUUUACAUUGGUCUAGAACAUGUUUUUUUAACUCACAGAAGUUUCUUAUUAUCCACCGUCUGAAGCCUGAUUCUGUUAAUGGAAUGCUCUCGUUCUCCAUCAAGCCUCGUUCCCUUGUUGAUGAGGAACUGUGAUCCUCUUUAGAGGGAGAGGCAUUCUGAUUUUGAGUAUUCUCAGCCUUUUUAUGCUGGUUUCUUCCCAUUGUUGUAAAUUUAUCCACCUGUCGUCUUUGUAAUUACCAACUUUCUUUCUUUUUUUUUUUGAGACGGAGUUUCGCUCUUGUUACCCAGGCUGGAGUGCAAUGGCACAAUCUCGGCUCACUGCAACCUCCACCUCUUGGGUUCAGGCAAUUCUCCUGCCUCAGCCUCCUGAGUAGCUGGGAUUACAGGCACACGCCACCAUGCCCAGCUAAUUUUUUGUAUCUUUAGUAGAGACGGGGUUUCACCAUGUUGACCAGGAUGGUCUCGAUAUCUUGACCUUGUGAUCCACCCGCCUCGGCCUCCCAAAGUGCUGGGAUUACAGGCUUUGAGCCACUGCACCUGGCCACCAACUUUCAAAUUAGGUCUCUGAGUGGACAUCCAAGUUGUUAAUUCCCAGGGUCGAAAUCUGAGCAACCCACUGCGCUGGCCAAAACAGUGGUGUUAAGACUGAUGGUGCUUUUCUGCCCGGGAAUCUCCAGUCUGGCUUCCUUCUUGAGUCCGUAAUUGGUGACUCUGCCUUCCCAGAGCUCCAAACGUCGGUCAGAAGGGGAACCAGUCCUGUUUACUCUGCACUAAGAGCUGCCGCGCCAAGGUGCCGGCAAAACCGCUGCACCAGCCACAAGAGUUGCGCUGGCGACCUGUGGGGCUCCUCCACUGGGAAUCUUCUGGUCCAUGAACGACAAAAAUUUGUCUGAAAGUGUGGCGUUAUCUCGUUCUUUGCGCUUUCACUGGGAGCUGCAAUCCCGAGAUGUUAGCAAUCAGCCAUCUUGGAUCCAAGACCACAAAACUAUUUUAUAAUGAUAAAAAUCAGAUUGAAAAAAAAUCAGAUUCUUAGUUGCCUGGAACCAGGCAUGGUGGAAAGAUUGAAUAAGAGGACAUGAGGGAGCUUCCUGGGUGCUGCAAAUAUUUUCUAUCUUGAUUGGGUGGUGGUUACCAGAAUGGAGUUAUUUGUCAAAACUCAUUAACCUGGAUGCUUAAAAUAGGUGAAUUUUAUUGCAUGUAAAUUAUACCUCAGUAAAGUUGAUUUUUAAAAAAAAGCUUUCUCUGAGGGUGGGUGCAGUGGCUCAAGCCUGUAAUCCCAACAUUUUGGGAGGCCAAGGCAAGAGGAUCACUUGAGGCCAGGAGUUUGAGUCUAACUUGGGCAAUAUAGCAAGACCCUAUCUCUACAAAAUAAAAAUAAAUACAUAAAUGAAAAGCUUUCUCUGGAUGCAGAAUGGAGAAUGGAUUGGCGGAAGCAAUGAGUAGAUAUAGGAAUUCUAGUGUGGAGCCUAUUGCCAUAAUCUAGGCAAGAGACAAGGAUAGCUUGGACUACAGUAAUGGCAGUGGAAAUAAAAAGGGAAGAGGGUUUGGAGAUAUGUGGGAUGUAAAACGGUGAUGGGAUGGACAUGGGUUGUGUGGGAAACAGAGGAGGUAGGGAUGCUCCCUGGGUUUCUGAUUGUACAUCUAGUUGGAUGCUGGUGGCCAUCUCUGAGAAAAGAACCAUGAGGAGGAUCAAAUUUGUUGUGGUGGGAUCUGGGAAGGCCUUAAGGUUAAUUUUGGAUGCAUUAGAUUCAAGGUGCUCGUGAGAAAGUCAAGUCUUUAUACUUAGAAAGUAGUUGGAUAUACAGGUCUGAAAGUUGAGCUGAGAUGUCGGUUUGUGAGCCAUAAACAGACGUAACUGAAGUCAUAGAAUGGACAAGCCCAUCUAGGAAGAGAGAAUAGGUUGGGAAGAAGAAGUGGUCUUGGGCUGAGCUUCAAGUAGCUUCUUACCUUUUCAGGCAGAGGAAGAAGAAUAAGAAAAGUGGAUUGAAAAGUAAUGGCUACAGAGAUGUGGGCAGCCAGGAGAAUGUGUCAUCACUUGAAUGUUACCUGUUCAUUAUCUGUUUUCCCGAUACACUGUAUUGUUUUCUAACUUAGACUCUUACAGUAAUUCCAACAAUCAGACAAAGCAGAUAGUACUCUAAUUUUACAGGUGAAGAAACUUGAGUCUCUGAAGGCAGAUGACUGAGCUGGGAAGCAGGCCCAUGUCUUCUGACUCCUACAUCCUGCGUGGCUCUGUUGUUGAAGACACUCACUGAACUACCAUAGGAGCCAUGUCAACAAACAGAUUUGCUUUUAAGUUACUGUUUUCUAAUCAUUUAAAUUAUGCAUUGUUAUUUUACAAAUGGGAAUAUAUAGGAAAACACAAAAAGGUGGAUACCUACAAUCAUUUCAUGCAGGCACCCAGCAUUACUAUUUUUAUCUCUUCCUGCUGUAUACAUUUAUGCAUAGAUACACUUAAAGCUAUGCUUUUUGACAUAGUUGGGCCCACAGCGUACAAUCCAUUCUACAGUCUUUUAAAAAAUACUUAACAUGAUCCUUUUUUCAUGCUAUUAAAUAAUAAGUUGUAUAGCAGCAGCUUAGAAAAGCAAAUAAUAAAAAUUUCCGGAAGCAGACACAUCCUGUUGAACAAAACAGAUGGUUUACAAUACCACCCAACUGCCUAUGCCUUUUUUUUUUUUUUUUUGAGAUGGAGUCUCACUCUGUCACCAGGCUGGAGUGCAGUGGUGCCAUCUCUGCUCACUGCAACCUCCGCCUCCUGGGUUCAAGUGAUCCUCCCACCUCAGCCUCCCAAGUAGCUGGGACUAUAGGCAUGUGCCACCAUACCUGGCUAAUUUUUGUAUUUUUAGCAGAGACAGGUUUUCACCAUGUUGGCCAGGUUGGUCUUGAACUCCUGAUCUUAGGUGAUCCACCCACCUUGGCCUCCCAGAGUGCUGGGAUUACAGGUUUGAGCUACCAUGGCUUGCCCUGCCUAUACCUUUUAAUAUACUCUUUAAUAAAGCCAAAACAUCUACAUUGACUUUUUGGAAUGGUGAGUGGUACCGGAAGUAAAGUCUCCACGAUACAGAUUUGUCAUCCCUACUGCUCUGAUAUAACCUUGGAGGGUGUAUGUUGUAUGUCUCUGCCUGAUGUGAUGUUACCCUCCUACAGAUAGGCACUGGGGCAUGCACAGCCCAGCUGCUCUACCACUAGCCCAAGUCUAAAGAAACAUUCACAAAUCUCCUAGUGAGUGACCACUGCCCUUGGAUCCACCUCACAGGCAUAUGUUUCUAGUCUAUGAGGACAGGAUGAACACACUCUUCCCUAGGUCCUCAAGAUGAAGCAACACUGUAUUUGAAAGAUGUAGCUACUAUUAUCUCUACUCAACUGAGGGAAACAAAACCAAUAGGUCAAUAUAGAUGUCAAGACAGGAACCAGGCAGGAUAAGCCUUGCAACCCGACACAGAUCCUGAAGCCACACAGUCAAGUCUGGCAUGGGAUGGGGAGCACACCUGCUCGAGAAGUGAUUGGAAAUAGUGUUUCCUGAUUCUUAGUCAGGGCAGCAGAUAUAAGACACAUCAUGACAUUGAUACCGUGACAGGAGCCACCUCACUCAGGAAGCUUUCCCAAGGUGUGUUUUCCUAGGACGUAGUCUGCCUAGCUCUGAGACGCUAGAGCUGAUGGGUCCUGCUGGGGAGAGAGCUCAGAUCUAAACAGAACAGGGCAGGUGUGGCCACAGAUCCUUUCUGUCUGGAUCACUUCAGUGUUUUGCCCACCUUUGUUGUCACUCAAACUCCUGACCUCAAAUGAUCUGCCCACCUUGGCCUCCCAGAGUACUGGGAUUACAGGCGUGGGCCACUGCACCCAGCCAGCUUUCACUACUCUCAGGCCUCUCCAGCUCCCAUAUCUACUGUCCCCAUCUUCUGUGCUUUACAGAUCUCUAACCAGUUGUGGCCAAACCUGAUGCUGAAUAGAUUCAUACUUUUUCGGCUUAAACAAAGCUUAGGUUCCCUAAGGCUACGCCCAGUCCUACUACAUACUCUGUUUUGAGUUUCACCAGUGCCCGUGUUUCUGCCCCAGAAGAGAAGAUGGGAUCAUCUGUGCUGUUUCUUCAAUCUUAAAAUGGAUUUCUUACCCUUAUCUCCCUUUUUAAGUAUCAGUGUAUGAAAUCCACCAGUACCGCCCUUUCUGCUGUAUAGCUGUUUCCACAUUUGGCUCCUAGAACCUGUUUUGCUUUCAUAGAUCAUCUCGGAACCAAGUGUUAACUUCAUUUUUAAACCCCAUUUUAACAGAUGUGUUGCCUGUGUCCACCAUGGGGCCUGUACACAUCAUGUGUGGUUUUAGUCAAACACAGUGCCCUCCUUUGUGGCCACAUGGGAGACCUAUAACCCAAUACUGCAUCCUGGGCUGAUGGCAGCACUGCAUCUGACCAGACACGGGAUUGACCUGGGGUGGGCAAGCGCAGUAAACAGGAUCAGCCAGAGUUUUGUGGCAUUCAUUGUGUGGAGACUGGUAGGGACAAAGUCCUUUCCCGUUUUGGACCCCAAGCUGUAAGACAGUUUAGGCCUGCUAUUUGGCAUCUUUCCCAGCACCUGGAGAGAGUGUAUCAUUUAGGAUGCUUCCAGCUGGAGCAAUAAAGACACAUUAUCUUAAAUGAUUUAAAGCCUGAAAACAAACAAGCAGUUUACAGCCCAACAGUGUCACUGGGGAUCUUUCCAUUUUUCUGUUUCAUUAUACUCAGCUUACUGACCUAGUUCUCACAUUGGUUCUCAUGAUUGCAAGAAGGCCGCUGCAGCCUGAGACGCAGAGCUAGCAGUCAAAUUAGAAGGGAAGGUAGAAUUCCAGAGAUAUUAUAAAUAUAGGACUGGUAGCUGUGCUCUUCGUGGGCAGGACAUGUGUCAUAUUCUGAACUUAUUUUGUGACCUCCACAAAUAAGUAACGAACGUUCAGCAUGUAAUGUAAUGGAUGCAGAAUAAAUAAUGAAUGAAUGAAGAGAUCCUGAGCGGAGAGGAGGGCGGCAUGUGCAAAUGUUUUCUAAGUUAUCUGCCAGGCCAGGCCAGACUCUGGGACAAAUGGACAUAUCCAGAGGGCACUUGAGUGAUUGGGAAAGAGUUAAAAUGAGGAAAGAUAUUUCAAGAGAAAGAAGAAAUGCCAGUUCCUGAGAGACUAUUGUGCCCUGGUCCUCCUCUCUUGAGGAGGCGAAUGCUCCCAAGAAGACAGAGCUGAAGGUCAGUUAGGAACUGAGGGUGCACAGCCCAGCUUCUUCACCACCAGCCCAAGUCUAAAGAAACUCAAAUCUGCUAGUGAGUGACCACCUCCCUCUCUACUGAGCGACUGAAAGAUACCUAGGAAUAGCCCUGUCCUAUCCUGGAAUUAGCCAGAAGGUCCCACAUAGCCUAUCACAACCUUUUCUGGCCCUGGAAUCACAAGUGUACAUUUGAAUUUUGACUCUACCAUCUAUCAUAUAUAUGGCUUUGGGCCAGUUAUCCAAUCUCAUUAAGUUACUGUUUUUUCAUCUGUAAAGCCCUUUCUCAUGGAGAUAAUAUAUUCCCUGCUUAGCAUAGUCCCUGCACAGAAUGUGUAGUCAGCUAUGAUGGUGCUGGUGGUGGCAGCAGCAGCGGCAGGUUUCAAAGGCAGAUCUGCUCUCAAGCUUGAGAGAACACAUGAAAGAAAAUCUUUGUGCUAGAAAUGCUCUUGAUUGGGAGUUGAGGCUGGGAUGUUCUGAGGGUCCAACUACAGGAAAGAUGAAAUUUAAGGACUGAGAACCAAGAGAUUCAAAAUAGAAUGUGUGCAAUGUAUAUAAAUCGUAGAAGAAACAGGGGUGAGUAUCAACUAAGAAGUUUAAAGAAAGCCCAGUGGAGUCAUGGUAAGGAAUCUGGGACUCAGGAAAACUGGAGUGACUCAGGAGCAGCCACUUCCUAUCCCAGGAUCCACAGGAAGGUUCCCACACAGUACCUUUUUUAGCUUUGGAGUCACAAGUGUGCAUUUAAAUUCUGACUCCAUCAUUUGGAAUCAAAUGGGAGUUCCCAUUUCUGAUUCUUCAUGGGGAAAGAGGCUGGUUUUCCAAAUAUCUCUUUUAAGAGCCAAGGAAACUCCAGCAGUGUUCUUACCUAUCUUUAGCUUAAAUUUGCAAACACUUCUUUAUCCCUGAAGCAGUCACCACUGGCCGACAGGCUGCAGUAACCAAGUCUGGUGCAAAUAAACAGAGCCCAUUCUGGAGCUAGAGCUCAUGGAUGUUGGAGGGUCGUGUUUUCCAAACUGUGGAAGAAAAAAACAAAAAGCUAUGUUUUUCCAGGAGGUAUUUAGAAUGGCGGCUGAAUUUGGGAAUUAGUUGCCUGGGUCUGUGUAGUGCACUUGUGGGGUAUCCCACCAGGAGUCUCCUAAUAGAAAAUGCAUCCUGACAGAAGGAAUUAAUUAUAAGCUUAGCUACACCUCAGAAUUUCAGGGGCAGAGUGGGAAAGUGGUUCUAAGUAGGCCAGAAUCUGUCACUAGGAUCUCCUCUUAAGCCAGGUUCCAUGGCAUCUUGGAGCUUAAGGGAGAAAAGGAGCUCUGAGUAAAGAGAGGAUGAGCAGUUUCAGUUAAUAUUAGAGGGACAUAUUCUGCUAAGCACCCUUGCUUUGGGCUUCAUCUAACAAAUAGAAUAUAAUAUACUUCAUUACCAGGCAUCCUGGGCACCACCUGGACUGCCGGGCAUCAGAGGCAGCAAUGGGAGGAGAAAAAGGUGCCCAGUGGAUGCAACAGUGCCCCAGGGACUCCAAGAAAUGCUGAGAGGAGGGGUUGGGCAGGUCCGGGACCCUUGCUUAGGGAAAGGAGCUGUGGAAUAUGAAUGUUGCCUAUAAAUGUGACAGGCUUCUGGGGAAGUUGGGUUUUCUUACAUUUUAGAGAGAGGAGGGUGAUCUUUAGCCAGCUCCUUGUCUCAUAGCUUAAGAGAACUCACUGGAAGGAGCCUUCAGCUCCUCAAAUCCUGCUGUGUUUGUGCCCAUAAUAUGAUUAGCAUACAAGUUUCUUUGCACUUGCAUGAUGUAUUCACUUUCAUUUUCUCACAAACCGCUUAUAAGGUUGUUGGAGCAGAUACUACAUCCCCAUUUGAGAGGAGGAAACUGAGAUUCUGAGAGGUAAGUUACUUACCAAGGUCAUAUACAGCUAAAAGGUGCUAGGAUCAGGACUCCGACCACUUGAUGCUUCUAACUCCAGAUUUUCUUUCUGACCAUACCAGGAACCCUCCGUAACAUAUACCAUGUAUCAGUUCUCCUGAUGAAUGUGCCUGUUUCCUUCCUGCUAAAAUACUCUUGACAGGGCAGUGGUUAUUUCGCUCUCAUGGAGGCGAUAGCCCCUCUGUGUUCUUUUGAGCAUUCUUGUUGCUUUAUUUGCUUUCUGAGUCUAUGCACCAUGCUUGGAGGAGGGCUGCCUCUCAUCCCGGGAAACCCAUGUACAGAUGUUAGGCUUCCUCCAUCCAGACAGACAGGAGUAUAGAAAUACAGAGCGUUAAACCAUCUGGUUUUCAGCAAUGAGGUGGAAAUCAAAACCAUUUGAGCAAAUGGGUGUCCCAGGGGCAGUGGAACUAAGAAUUGAGCUUCAGUGGCUGAUGAGACAUAAGCCCUUCCUAGAAGACUUUGCUGAGACAGAGUAUGUUGUUUAUAGAGAGACUGGUUCAUUGUCCUCUGGCCCUGGCCGCAGCAAUUGAGGGAGGGACACAUUUUUUGGCCCUUGAAUAACAAUGUUUUUUCCUUCCUUUGUUGAGGGAUCUAGGUCAGGGAUCCUCAUUUAUUGUUUAAAAAAAGAAAAAAAAAACCUCUGAGUAAAUAUUAGGAAGGUGAAGGGUGGAGGGAAUGAUUUCUGAGAUUCCUUCUAUCGCUGAAGGGCUGUAUCUCACUAGUAAAAAAAAAAGAGAUCCCUCACCCUCACCCUGUGACUUGUUGCUACCUGGAGACAUCUGUCCGCAUACCCACCUGUGUGUUCCUGCCCAGCAAGCUGGGCCUGCCCUGCCUUGCCCUGGCCAUUGGCCUUGCCGAGCUGCUGAGCUGCUUCUCUCAGCACCCUGGGGUGUUCACAUCUGGCCUGAGAUAAGUCUGCGCUUUCUGAAGGUGAGUAUGGCUGCCUGGAAUGUGUGGUAUCCAAGAAAAAAAGCAAGAUUAGAGGUGCCCAUUUUGACUGGGAGCUGAACAGCUGCCCAAGUUCCAGAAAACCAGCAGUGCUGAAGCAACAGUUGGCCCAGGGCCUUGGAGGAGCCGGCCUGGGAAACCAUCUCCUUUCCCAGGGCAAGAGAACAUUUGUUACAGAUUUUAAAAGAUUUACUUCAUUUAUUAUGUGUAGAUUGUUUUGACAUUUAAGGCAUAACCCAUAAAAGUAACUAGAGUUAGCUUUGUGUGAUUAUUUGGGUUUUACACCAGUGUUAGUGUUACUGUAUUACAGAGGUUGACCUGGAGAUUCAACAAAGCAUAGUUCAAAUGUGCUAUGUGCCACAUAAAAUGUCAUGCCCUGUGUCUGGAAUUUACUGAGGGUCAUUUGAGAUGUGGUCAAAUUCUUGAGCUCUCCAUUUCCAGGGCAUUGCAGACUCCCCCAGGUCUAGGUGGUCCAGCUGCUAAUUCUGGCCCCGUAAGCUUGGGUGGUCCGAGAAGUGGUGAUCAAAGUGGUGCCUGUGCACCACACCACACCUCUCUGGAAGACAGAAGAGAACCCUAGAACAGCCCAGACUAGACCUUUGGAGACUUAGGGAGGAAAUGACUGUGCUGCAGAUGUCUGUCACUCAAGGUGCAGUUGAAGCUGACUUCAGUGUUUUCUUCAUCCAGUAGUGGGGUCCUUCAGGCUGUGUGCCAGCUACUGUGCUGGCAGUCUCCUCUUCUGCAGCAACAGGUGUGUCCUCCUGUCUUUGUGAAGAGAAGGCAUGUGCAGUGCCCUGGGACAGCCCCUCCUUCCUGGGGAGAAGCCAUCAUUCCAGCAAUCGUGUUCUGAGACUAGCAGCAGUGGCCCUUAGUGUCUGUAAUCCUCUGUUCUCCUCCCCUUUAUUUUGUUCCUUUGUUAGUGGUGAUUAACUACCAAAGUGAUCCAAGAGGCCAUCUUUUAAUGUUAGGAGAAAGGCAGGGCUGGAGACCAGUUUGCUGAUAGUGAUCCCAAGCCAGAAGGUUCACUGGGCUCGCAGCUCCAGGUAAGCCAGGAAAAUUCUGAGCUGGUUUCCAGAGGAGUGAUGUGACUUUCAGCUCAGUGGUUCUCAGACUUUGAGAUUUUGCCAGAAAAAUUGCAAAGUGAAUUUGGAGGACUGACUUAGCUGUUACUCUUCCAGACAUUCCUAAAAUACACUCAUUACUAUUAUUUUAUAAAAGAUAAGACCUUUAAUUCCAGAAAAGAGGGAAGGACACAAUCUCAAAAGUACAAUCCUGUAAUUCAAUCAAAUUCAGGGUUUAUUAUUUUUAUUUUUCUCAGUUUGAUGGACUGAUUUUUCUUGAAGUCUGGUGGAUGAAUAUUACCUUAUGUUUGUGAAUCAUAGCUCUGUGUGACUCAGCAGAGACAAAGAAAAAAAUUCAGUGAGAUUUUUGAAGAGACAAAUGGAAGGGUGUUUUUGUUUAGCAAAAAAACCUGGAUAGCUUCUUUAGCCAGAAACUGCUAGAGAGUGUUUGGGUUAAGAAAGCUCUUUUUACGUGAGUUAACCUAGAUUCCUGAGAGUAAUGGUCUUAAACCCCGAAACCAGGAGGGGACCUGUUGGCAGGCAUUGCUUAUGUCCUUUCAGAGGCCUUAACUUUCAGAGCUUGUCCAUUGGUUGGAUUAUUUGUCACAGACUCAACGCAAUGAAAGAUGAAUAAUUACCUACCUACUACCAAUUGCCUACCACAUAUCUUGGUAGCAUUUGAGUCAUCAAAAUUCUAGGUGGGGAUUCCUCCCUCAAUUCUGGAAAGGAAUCCUGAACCACACCUUGGCUUCACAUUCCUGGUUACAGGUUUGAUUUAGGAAAAAAGAAUAUCUAGGUGAAAUUACAUUUGUUGUGUGAAGACAAGAAAGGCCCUUCAUUUUAUGCAAGAGAUACUUCAUUUUAGCCCCUGAAUGCUUGGGGUUAGGAGGAAACCAGUCAUGUCCAUUCAACACCUGAUGAACCUGAGGCAUUUUCUCCAUGGGGCAUUAAGCAAGCUGUAGGCAUAGUCAGAGAGUAGGAUUCUCAGUUUAUACGUUUGGAGGUUGGGAUUUCUGUUGAAUGCAAACUCUAGGUAUGAAGAAGGAAAUUCAGACGCAUGCUACGAUGUGAAUGAAUCUUGAGGACAUUACGCCAAGUGAAAUAAGCCAGUCACAGAAAGACAAACACUGUAUGAUUUCACUCCUGUGAAAUGCCUAGAGUAGUCAAACUUAUAGAAGCAGAAAGUAGAAUGGUAACUUCCAGAGGCUGGAGGGAGACAGGGAAUGAGGAGUUAUUGGUUAAUGGCUACAGUUUCAGUAUUGCAAGAUGAAAAGAGUUGUGGAGAUAGAUGGUGGUGAUGAUUGCCUAACACGGUGAAUGUACUUAAAGUCACUGAACUGUACACUUAAAAAUGGUUAUCAUGAGCCAGGCAUAGUGGUGUGUACCUGUAAUCCCAACUACUUGGGAGGCUGAGACGAGAGGAUCACUUGAGCCCAGGAGUUCAAGGCUGCCAUGAGCUAUGAUUGCACCACAGUGCUCUAGCCUGAGCAACAGAGGGAGACCCUGUCUCAAAGACAAACAACCCAGCCUGAGCAACAUAACAAGAUCCUAUCUUUUAAUUAAAAAAAAAGUUAAGAUGGUA